GCUUGUUCACCUUUGCUCUCCUCCAGACGAUAUUUUCUGGCAUCGAUUUGUGCAUCCUCUCUCUUAACACGUGAGGAAAACAUGCUAUCAAGAUGGUGUGAGGUCCGUCCUUGAAAGUUUAAGUUGCGGUUGUGUCGUUUGGUUGCCCUUUUAAGGCUUUCUUUUCUUAUUAUCUAGCCGAAUCAAAGGGCCGGUGCGAAGUCUUUCAGCUAACAUCAUGCAUAUGAGUUAACAGACGAUGAGUUAAUGGAAAUGAGAUCUGUUUCCGACUGUUCAUAUGUUUAAUGAAUGUACUGAGAACGCUUUAUUUCUAUUCGGUUUUAAGUGAAGACUGUUCUACUUUUCUCGUUCCAAACUAUCUCCAGCAUAAUUUACAUGUUGAAUUGCUUACUUCAAAAGAGCAUAGCAUCCGCUAAGCAAUAUGGAGAAACGAAUUGUCCUCGCUUGCGCCGUCACAGCUCUCCUUUGGUUGUUGUGUGCAGAAAACUCUUGCGAGACGCUGAUGGAAUUUUCGCGUGGCUCACAACGAACGGUGGAAAUCAUUCUGUCCACAGAGAAAAUAACGAGGAUGGUUAAUAAAACAUACGGCAUUCCCUUAGAAGAAAGGAGAAAAUAUAAACACUCGCGAUCGUGGUUACAAUUUCAUGAUGGCUAUGAAGUAAACGAAACUGAACUGUUUCAAGCAGACCUUGGGGACCGGGUGGAUCUCUGCGGUAAUUCGACGUGGGCGGAUUAUUGUCGGAAUUGGAUACGUUCUCCCCUUUGGCUUUCAUUUUCACCUGAAGAUCCCUCAUUGAGAGCAGCAUGGUUGAGGGAGGGGAGAGAUCUAGCAGCCUCUUUUUGUCAAUCCGCGGCUAUCACUUUUUCAGAACGUAACACCACACUAAAUUGCCAAGCUGUAAAAGUGCGCUUCAACUUCUGGAAAAGUCCACUGGACGGCGGGGUAUUUAGAUACCCGGGAGCCAUAAUUCUCGUCACCAUCAAUGAAACAGUAAUCAUCAAACAGACAAAACGCGAAGUUUACAAACCACGUUCUUCUCCGUCGAACAAAUUUAUGAAGGCGGUUAAUGGCAUUAAACGAGCAGAGGCAAAUGCAAACGCUGUGAGAGUCAAGUACAGCAGUGCUACCCUAGCUAAACUAAAGGAUCUUGUUGAAAAGGCAAUACGUAGCAAGAGCUAUACUUACGCUAGAGAGGUAAGAUCAUUCAGAUAAUUCCGUGACGCGUUUUCAUGGACGAAAUAGCUGGCGGUUGGAGAGUUUACAAGGGACCAAGUUAGGGCGGCAAUCCAUUUAAUAGGACCCCUUAUUAAAUGUAGAAAUAGUGUAGUAAGAUAGAUGUACAGUUGACUCCCAACAACUCGAACCCUCGCUAACUCGAACCUCGCGCUAGCUCGAACCAAAAUCGAUUUCCCGUGGAUUUCCGUCAUACAUUCACUGUAAUUUUACCCUCGGUAACUCGAACCCUCCACUGAACUCGAACUCCCGCUAACUCGAACCAAUUUUCGUCUCCCCUCAGGUCAUUGUCUAUAAUUUUUUCCUCGAUAACUCGAACCAUGCUUUGAGCCCUUAAAAAGUCGGGAAAAUAGCCGUCCGAAACAUUGAAUUUUGGAUUUCGUAUUGACGCGUUGUAGGAGUAUAGUUUACUAGUGGAGGUUGAUGUUGAUUGUCACAGGCUAACGUGACGCAGCUUUUCUUCUCAAAACAGUAAAACGCAUGCUCUGUUUAGGCUAUGUUUUGUUACGUUACGUUCUGAUUUAUAAUCUAGAAGUAUCUUUUAAUUUUCACUUGACAUUUCUACAAUUAAAUGUGAUUAAAAUGUUCACUGUGCAGUAAAAACUGUUUUUUACCUCAAUCUCGGCUAUUUUCUUCGAACUCGCGAUAACUCGAACUCCCGAUAACUCGAACCUUUUUUCGAUUUCCCUUGAAGGUUCGAGUUAUCGGGAGUCGACUGUAGAAGUAAUUGUAUUUCAGUUGUGUUUUUUAAAACUUUCUAGGCUAACAGCUUUUUGGUUGUUUGUAACGUUUUGAUAUAAUGCUUGGCAGUCGUCAUUAAAGGAGCUGUGUCACGAAAUUCUAGACUACGAGUAGUCCCCCAUUUUUCCUCAGGGACAGUAGAGCGAGCGAAACGCAAGGGCGCGUAAAAAUCACCUCUUCUCGCGUGGGGUGAUUUUCACGCGCGCUUGCGUUUCGCUCGCUCUACUAUCCUUGAGGAAAAUUGAGGGACUACUCGUAGUCUACUAAAUUCAGCCAAAUUAGGAAGCUACUAAAUGCCCGUUAAAUUAAGAGAAACAUAAAAAUAACCGCUUAAGACUUAAAAGGAAGGUUAAAAUAACAUAACAGAAACAACAGAUGCCACGGAUGGGCGAAACUGAAGAAGAUUGAAACGGAUUGAAAUUAGGGUUUUUGAAAACUCAAACUGUUCAGCCUAACGUUUUCUCAAAGUUGAUCCCUGCUGCUUGCAACUUCAAAAAUAGUACUCAGGAGACUUAUUUGUUUGUCACGGAUAUCUGAUUUUGUCAUUUACAUGUAAUUUCGUUGCUUACUUCAAGUUCCAUAGCGACUGAGGGCGAGUAAUUGGCAAAAUUAAACAAAAUGAAAUGGACUGCCAUGACACAGCCCCUUAAACUACUCAAAGGCUACCAGGCUAAUAUAAAAAGUACUCAAACACAUCACCUUUUCAGGUCACUGGAAAGAUCAUGUAUUUACUCAAGACAAGAUCGUCGCGUCGAAAAAAGAGAAGUUUUACGGACGAGUUAAAUAAGUUUCUUCAAGAUCUACGUGAAAAAGUCGGUAAAGAUAAAUUUGAUGCCUUCUUGGCUGUCCAAGGAAAUGUAGGUCUUAUGUUUGCCAUAGAUGAUACAGGAAGCAUGGGCGAAGAAAUCUCAGCGGCAAAGAAGAUAGCGAAACAUAUCAUCAAUUACGAUCGGGAGUUCCCAAUAGACGAGUACAUCUUGUCACCUUUUAAUGACCCCUAUCCGGGUGAGUAAAAUUAUGUUAGUUGGCUAUGAAUGUCGUGUUGUUUACAGUGGCAAGUAGGAUUUUUUUAGUGUUAUAGGGUCUUACAGGUACAGUCGUUUUCACCGAUACAAAAGGCUAGCGCGUGUCGUGACUGAGGGGACUUCAUCUUUUUCAUCAAGUAACGAGGCAGCGAAUCAAAAACAAUCUUUGAAGAGCAACGAGCAAAAAUGCUUCAAAACGCCAAUCUUAUUAUCUGAUCUGAACUGUGUGUGGAAACCUUUUUAGUAACAACUUAAACUCAAAACAGCGCCUUAAAAUUAGUAAAAUUGUCAAAUUUGAAAGUGUUACGUCUUAAGCGAGCGAAGAUAUAGCUUAGCAAAGUUGCGAAAAUUUACGGACCUUUCUAUGCUGGGGAUUUGUGCCCCCCACCAUAGAAACUAUAGAAACUAUCGAGACUUUGAAGAGCUAUAUCUUCGUUAGUUUCCAACAUUCAAAUCACUUUCAAACUUGGGAACUUUACUGAGUUAAAGGCGCUCUUUACAGUGGGGUCGACGGCUUUCUCCUUACUUGUCCAUGUCAAAAGUCGAAAAACCGUGAAAGGGUCUAUUCUAUUCCGUUACAAAUUAAUCGACACUUGAACCCAGUACCUCACUUUUUAAUUUUACUUUCCUGUAGAUCCAACCAACCCAGAUCCAGUGAUUAUCAAAUCUGGAACUGAAGCUGGGGAGUUUCAAAAGGAAAUUGACAAACUGGAGGCCCAUGGAGGAGGGGACUGCCCAGAGUAUACGUUUGCGGGAAUUCUUGGAGCACUACGUAUUCUGCAAUAUCCUGGUUCUCCUCUGUACGUGUUCACUGACGCAGGACCAAAAGACGCAACGGAGGCUAAUAUUGCCGAAGUAAAGGAAUGGGCGACAAACCUUGAAGUGGCUAUCUAUUUUUUGAUAACAGGUAAUAAAGAAAAUUAAGCUUUUUUAGACUUAAAAGUGGUCCAUAUAUCAAUUCUACCGUUUAACACGCUUUCUCAAGAACGGGUCUACUCCACUUAUCCAUACCCCUCCCCCUCCCCCAACGGAGGGCAACGGAAAUUCCGAGUGGGGGGUCCAAAAUGGAGGCAAUUUCCGAGGGGGCUGCCCACAGAGGGUUUUUUUUUUUUCAGGAGGACUGAGUACUAUUGGUGAGUUAUUAGUAAUUAACAGCUUCUCUGUUGAGCAAGCUAUCAGUUAUUUUACUGUUAUCGGUGUUUCAAAACAAGUAUUACUGUUUACAUUGACCUUAUUUUAUGCACGGUCGGCUAAAUGCUUUUUUCACCGCUAGGCGAUGGUUUCAGAUGAUAGAUAGUUAAUGCAAUUGUCAUCGGCUCAUGAAUAAACUUCCGGUUAUGUAGCUGUUGCUUUAAUUUAUUACACUUUUUAUUCACCGUAAUUUGGUCGUGUUCUAAGCCUUCUAACUGGAUGAAGUAAUGAAAGUUCACGUGGUGUUUAGUUUGAAUGUAACUAGUUCUUUCGCAGAGCGGACAUUAUUCGUGUAGUCACUAGUGUAAGGUAAUUCGCCUCUAUGGUUAAAUAAAUAUAAGCUAAAAACGUCCUUGAGAUUAUUACACACCGUAUUGACAUGAAUGAAAAGAUUUUCUCUCAUUUUAUCGCAGAAAAAAAUAUCUUUCACAUGAUAAGAUAGUGCAACAACAUUUUGACAUAAAUUUUCUUUCCAGAGGGUACCCAACCAUGUUGAAUAGUUACGGAAAUUCCAGAGGGUGGGGGUAAUGGAAAUUCCAGGGGGGUGGGGUGUCUUAAGCAAAAAGUGCCUUCCGUGGGGGGUAUGAAUAUUUUCUGGAACUACACAUUGUGGACAAAUGGAGCUAUUCAAUAGAAAAGUUUGUACCCUGGCAUAUGUUAGGCUAUCUCCUAGGUAGCGAUAAAUAUGGGGACACCUUUUACCGCAAAUGAUCGAUUGAGCGCCGCGGCGUUUAUUUUAUUUUCACUGUUAUAGGUGUUGCGCUUACACGAGAGCGGCGCGUACUGAUUUUCGGUGAAGGUGCGGCGCUUAGUCGAAAGCGGUGCUUAUUAGAUCAUUUAGGUACAUAACUGAUGGCAGGCAUUAGUUAUUGACAUCGAUACAUUGCUGACUUGAAACCUUAGGAUAGAUCUGUUUGUGAUCUGUUUCUCAGUUAUUCAAGGAACCUCUCUUGCAUGUGCUGCAUGCCGAAUACAGUUACUUAACUUUUUAAAAUGUUUUCAAGAUUACUGCGGACGAUCAAGUGACAGCCGGAAUCCAAAAAAUCUUCACCCAGCCUUCUUAAAACUGGCGGAGUAUACCUCUGGUCAAUUCAUUAUGUUUCACAAUCUCGGGGAGCUGGAGAGAUUGAACAAUUGGGCAAUCAAGAUGAUGAAGGGUUAUGUUUUGGUGACUGGCGGGUCAAACAAGAGGCGCAGAGAAGGAAGGAGCACCAGUGGAUCUACUGAUAGUCGAUAUACCAUUCCUGUUGAUGACUCUGUUGAAAAUAUGUUUGUGACCAUAAACACAGCAGUAGAAGGUACUGGGCUUGUUGGUUGUUUGUGGUCAUUGAGGCUAGUUUUAAGUACUAACGUGUCCGGUUUAAUGAAAUAAAUCUCCAUCUUUUAUGGUGUCUCCUCAAAUUAUAAAUUAGUUGAAUCAAGCUCUUAUUUCCCAAGAACAUAUUAAAUACUUCCAUAGUUUGACCAGCCACCUCAAACCAGACAGCCAGACUAAGACUAUUACUACCCGCGAUUCCAAACUUUUGAUGCAAGGAUCCUUGGUUCGCUCCAGCCCUGUUAAAACUAAAGUGUUUUCUCUUUUCCUUUAAUCAUAACAAUCCUUUACCCUACGACAUUACCAGCCAAAUUAAUAACCGAUUGUUUGUAAAAUCAGAACGCAUGGUCGUUCCCGGUCGGGGAGGGAGUACUAAAAUACGUUUUAUAGGUGAGGCUCCGCCCGGCGAGUUCCAACCUCACAUACCUAGUUAAGAAUUUUGUAUCCCUUUUAACUUCUGUAAAAGCUACUGUCUUUGAAAGGAAUAUGUCGCAAAACCAAACGCAUCUUCUUGACUUUUCGGAACCAUAAAAUGCAUCUGUUGGCUCAUUUGGGUCUUUUAAAGACCGAAAUGACAGAUUUUCCUCCUACCCCUUCGUUUACUUCAAUUUGUGAAAUUUUCGCCCUUCCAUAUACCGGAAGACUGAAAAAAGUACUCCUUUCGGGCGUGACCUAUUUCCUUCCGAUUUUCGUCUUCACGCUUUCUCGAUUCAGCGGCCCCGACUAUCUCGGAGCCUGGAACAGGCUAUUUCGGACGGAACCUCCCUGUAUGGGCCAUUAUAGGGAGUACCCCAGGGGGUCCGUGUCGCUUGUCAGUCAUUCACGUACUUGGUUUGUUUUCGCGCCGAAACGCUAACGACUUCGUAAAUGCUAGAAGCUAGAGAGAAACCUUUUUGUAGCUUUUAUCGUAUCGCCUAACAGCGUAAAUUGCCGUCAGUGGGGACAAAACGCUUACAUGACGUACCCGAUGAGAGAAGUACUAGCUUUAACUCCCUCUUACUUAUCGCAGGGCAUGGAAUCAUCUUACGAAACACAGACAACGUCGAAAUAUCGUCUGGAAAUCUUAGUCUGCCGUAUGUGACCAUCUAUGAAAUCACUAAUCCUAAGAGAGGGGCCUGGACCCUAACAGUACCUGGCAGUCUUGGAGAUCAUGAGUUCUCUGUCAAGUCAAGCAGCGACACUAACGUCGAUUUUGAGCAUUACUUCCUGGUUGAACUGCCUUCGCGCAGGGGACGCCGUACUAAAGUUCCCAUUUCAAACCCAGUUGCUGGUAAGUCAGUCUGAUUUCCCGAAGUGAAUAAAAUCUUCUCAGUUGAGGGAGGGGACGUGGCUUUCUUCUUCCAUUUAUUAGAAAAAAGAGUAUUGAAGCCCCCAAAAAGGAUCGAGCUGUGAGUACUCUUACUCUGUUUAAGGUUCCGAUGCCGUAGGUUUAGUAAAACAAUCUUUGGGAGACCCUUGCUAAGAUAUUGCAGUGGGCAGUAUUUAACUGCUUCUUUUUUCCCUCUUUGUUUGUCUUUCAGGUAAGUUAAACAAAGUCAUAAUUUCCGUAGCUGGAUCAGAAAAACUAGACGAAAGCUCCCUGCGAAUGCAGCUCAUAACUACUAAAGGAAACCUUAUCAGCUACGUAGCCAUUCAGCGACGAGGCCAAGGCAAAUUUACCGCCGACUUAAAUCCCCAUUCAUCUGUUCGCUCGUUUAAGCUUAAACUGAAGGGCACGACACAAAAAGGUUACCCAUUUGAAAGAAUUUCCCCCAAAAUAGUCAAUACAACUACGGCUGUUGCAUUGGUCAAGUACGCAAGCAACGAUCAAACCCUUCCUUUGGUCCGAACCACGUUUAUUCACUUCCAGAUAUGUAACUUUGGAGCCACUGAGGUUUUCGACAGUCUUGUUUUAAAGGACAAACUGGGUUAUCUUUUACGACGCCGUCUGAGUCCUAUACGUGCAUAUAAAGGCCGUUGUCGAACUAUCGUUGUUACCGCCAAAGCGACUCGUUCUGAGGACGUGGGGAAGACAGAUGCUGUUGUCAUUAUCCUCAAGGGUCGAACCUCAGGAACGGUUCUCUCAGAGACAGUUCAUCUGCUCGUUGACGAUUAAAGCUAGUUUUAAUCGACGUUUCGUAAAGCUAAAUAGCAAUUACUCUCUAAACCAUGCAUCACUUUGAGUCCACUCUGAGGGUUUCAAUGAGGUUAAAACCGUUAACAGUUAACAAAACUUUUAGCUUUUAUUUAGUCGUUGGGCGUAAGAAGAGAAAUCAGUGAUAAGUCGUUAAAAAACGUAAGCCGUUUCUCAGAGCUACAAUCUCAUCAAAAGGCGUUUUACCUUUUUUUCGUCUCU